AUGGCUAAAAAACUUAAUUAUAAAGAUAACUUAGUCGACCUAGAAAAUCCUGCUGAUAAUUAGAUGCAUAGAUAAUAUCUCAAUACAAUGCCAAACAGAAAAGAAAGAGGCUUGUAUGUUGAGGAUGAGCAAGUAGAAUAAGAUGAUGAUGACUCAGUGGAAGAUGAUGAGAAUGAAGAUUAUUAAAAUGACUUGUAUGAGGACUCGGACUAAUAGGAGUUAGCUCACUAAGAGGUAAAUCACUUGUAGAUUGAAGAGAUUAAUCAUAAGUAGAACUAUAAGUCUUAAGAGUAAAAUAUUAAAUAACUAGAUCAGAAAAGUCAAUAAAAGCAAAUAUAAUUGCAGUAGCAACAAUAACAAGAUUAGGUUGUGGUUGACUUGACAAAAUACAAAGGAAUAUACUACAAUGACGACAACAAGAAAUUCCAAGAUGAUGAGACAGGUGCGCACUUUGAGUUUAUUGACUUGUGCCACAGAUUAGACCAACUACUCAAGUACAGGUAGAAGAUUGAAGAAAAAGAAAAAUCAAUGCAAAAACAAGCAGAAUUAAAGAAUUAAGCUCCGAUAUAAAUUGAAUAAAACAAAAAGCAAAUAGCAUCUUAAAGCUAAAGAACAUACACACAGUUGAAAUUCAUCGAUGAUGCCUUGAAUUAAGACAGCAGUCAAUACGGAGUACCUAGUGAAAACUUUGUCGAUGAAACCAUAGAGGAAAGAAGACCAUUUCUAUAUGAUCAGAUCAGCAAUUAGAAUAAAGCUAAAUUUUCUAAUUCUCAUGUUCCCAUUAAUUAGCAAAAACAAAAGGACUCAAAGCGUAACAAAGACUCAUCUAAUUAAAGCAAAAAGCAAAAAGGCCAAAUAGUAAAAAGUAAUUCAAACGGGACACUCAUAGAUGAUCUUAUGAGUGAGCCUUCUAAUACUAGAUUAAUGUUUAAAAAUAAGUUCUCAGAGCAUGAGUAGCUCUAAUUUAACCGUGGACAAUCAGCUACACUCACCAAUUUUCAAUAGAUUCAAUAGAUUAAUUAGAAUCAGAACUAUUAAUAGCAAUUAAAUAUGAUGUAGUCCCGUAGCACAAAAGAACUAGGCUAAGAACACUAUCCAUAACAGGAGCAUCAAAACUUCUAGCAGCAGUUAUAGAGUAAUAGUAACGGAAGAUACAGCUUGAAAGGAAAUAAGGUUGCUAUAUAAAAAAAUGAUCAAAAUAGUAAAAGGCAAAUGGCUGUCAAAGCAGUUAGGACUAACCCUGCCUUAAGCCACUUUAUGCAGAAAAAUAACGUUGGGAAUGUACAUCAAGUAAUGAAUACUAGUAAUAGCGGUAAACUUGAAGGUAUUCUCAAGUCAAAUAGCAGAAAUUAGUUGUUAGAGUAGACUAGCAGGUCAAAUAUAUAUGGGAAUGCCUUGCAUUAAAGUAGUAUAGUUAAAAUAAAUGGCUUAGGGACUCAAUUAUUUGAUAAGAAAAAGACAUCCCCCAAAAAUGCAAAACUUUAUCAAAUGUCCGGUUCUGAUAUCAGAUCAAGUUUGAAGCCCCAACCUUAAAUGACUAAAAGCUUUAUUCUGGUGGGAAAGUCUUCUCAGUUGAAUGGCAAUCAGAAUUUUACUUUAAAUACUUCAAGACCUUCAUAACUAAAGUAAACAUAAAGAAUUUAGCCAAGCAAAAGCAAAGGUGUUUAACUUAAGACUUAUCAAGGAGAUUUCACAAGAUCCAAAUAUCAAUAACAUAGUAGAGCGCUUGAAAGUAUUGUUUCUAAAUAGAACUUUGAUUAGAGCAUGCGCUAACUUGCUCAAAGCAUUCUAGGAUCAAAGGACAAUCUUAAUGCAAACACUAAGAGUAGAAAUACAAAUCAGAUCUUCUCAACUACAAGCACAAAUAAUAACUAUAACAAUGGUAUUAAUGUCAAUAAAACAGGAGGAAGCUAGGGUGCAGUAUCUUCGCAAGGAGCGAAUACUUAGAAGCAUGCAAAUUAAGUAUCUUCAGUUGAGACUAUUCUAGUUACAGCUAAAAUGCCACCAAACAAUACUCUGAGUAAUAUGGGCGGAUCCAGUUCCUAAGGUAAAUCUAGUUCAAGAAACGUCACAAACAAAGGAUCAAUUGCUGGAUUGCCUCAAGGAAAUAGUUUGAACAUUGAGGCUUAAAGAUAAAAAGCAAUAAAGUCAUCACUCGGUUUAAAUAAGACUUCAAAAACAAUUGGAGCCCAACACUAAUUCAAUUAAAGCAAUGUGAAUAGAAUCUAGGGUAAGAGUAUCUUUCCAAGUAAAACCACUACCCAUAUUAAAUCUGACUUCACCAAUCCUACUGUCAAGUUAGUCAGUAGUUAAAACUUUGGAGGAAGUCCGACUCAUCACAACAAUCUUGUGAGUAGUAUUAUUAAUGAGAAUAGCUAGGGAAGUGCUAUUAAGUAAAUACUUAAGAAUCAGCACAGCAGUAAUAGCAACAUGCUCUCUUCUUAGGAUAAAUUACGUAAAAGCAUAGGCAAAUCAACUGAUAAGCGAUCAUUCAUUGGUAAAUGA